GUGCGCAAUCAUUAAGUGAGUGUGUCUUGAGAUGAAAACAGUGCGAAUAAAACUGUUUACGAAUCAAAAGGCAGCAAUGUUAACUUGUGGGCUGGUGCUGUUGGCUGCCACCUUCGUUGCCAGCUCUGGCCUGGAUGCAAUGUUCCCUGAGCAGAAACAGUACAAGUAUGACCUGAAAGCGAACGUGUCUGUUGGAAGUCUGGACUCGGCCAGCUACUGGGCACUAAGCGGUGGACUUCUUGUUCUGCUAUAUGAUACUAACAGAAUCAGAUUGCAGCUAGAAGAAUUGAAGGCCUCACUGUGGAGCAGAAACAACGGCUACGCAUCAUAUCACUCAGAAGAUGCCGUGUUUUACCUAUCUCAACCUUGGGAAGUCGAAUAUCAGGAAACCGGUUUUAUCAGCUCAAUAUAUUUUGGCAAUGAUACAACAUGGUCGAAGAAUAUAAAACGGGCGAUUUCUAUAAACUUCCAGUUGAAGAAGGACGUGGGAUCAUAUACCAAUACUGAGCCGUGCCUCUAUGCGAGUUGUGUUAUGAUCUACACGGCUCGCGGGAAUUCCAUCAAGAAGUACAGUUCCAUCCAGUUUUCCUCCGGCGGUAUGGAGUAUUCCUGGAGCUCAGUACCCUGGGUCAACAGUGUUGGGCGUGUGCCAGAAAACAUUGCAACAUCUGAAAGGAUAUAUGAGUUGGACGAACAUGGAUUAACAAGUUUAAAUAUGAAGGGAGAUUUUCGGUACAAAGUCAAUGAGCACAUUUUGAGCGUUACAUCAGAGCUUUCUCUGUACCUGGACAGCGAGUCUCCAGCCCCACGUAUAUCGAAGUUGGAUAUAUCCAAAGAAAGUAUUCAGUACGAAGCCAAUGACUUUGCCGACCCAACUAACGGUAUUCGCUCGUCGCCUCAGGAACACUUGAAGAAUCGAACUUAUGAGAUAUUAAUGAAAAUAGCAACAAGAGGUAUCGAUGCCGAUAAUAUCGUAAGAAAUGAGGCUCUCAUACAUAGCUUGGAUUUCAUCGACCUGCUAAACACGGUAUCCCGUCUUACCUACGAUUCUCUGGUGCAGCUCUUCGCAGAUCUAGUCCUAGGUACCAGUUACGACCUGGAAACGGCAAGAAAUAUGUUCUUAGAAGUGCUGCCUCAUGCUCGGAGUGAGGCAUGCGCGAGGUUUAUCAAAUAUCUAGUUACAGAACAGAAGUCAAAAAUAGAAGACGCGACGCUUCUUUCGCUCAUCCGGAAGCUACCCUUCAACGUUGCCAUGGGCAACCACAGCCAAUCACUGCUAGAAGAGCUGGAGACAUUCACCAAGCUCGGUCUAGACUUCCCGACGGAUAUACGUCACGCUGGGAUUCUGUCUUUUGCCAUUCUUGCCUAUAAGACUGCAGAGGCUAACCAGGUGAAACAGGACUACUUUGAUAAUCUGGUCGUGAAGUACUUUCGGAUGUAUAGUGAUUGUCCCCAAUACCUAGACAGGAUGAUAUGGUUGCAAGGUCUAUGCAGUCUAGGCUAUGCGGCAGAGUCGUAUAUACGAACCAUUUAUAGUGAUACGAGUAGGAACCGGCAUGAGAGGCUGUGGGCUUCCCUCGCCUGCGGUUUGGAGGCCAGGGGAUAUACGGCACUAGAAAUAAGCCUCCCAAUCCUGACCAACGAUUCUGAGCACAUACAACUUCGCAUCGCGGCGUUGCACGCAAUCCUGCGCUCUGAUAUCCGAGCGACGGAUUUCCUCUUCAUCCACAACUACAUUACCAGCUCUGAAGAUGACCAGCUCAAGAGGUUCUGGUAUACAACCGUGAAAAGCUUGGAGACCAAUAAGUAUUUUGAGGGAUAUAGCGCUGCGUCCUAUUACGUACCGUUCGUGGCGAAGCAAGUCACCAACCCGGACACCACAUACUGGGCGACCAAUAACUACAUCAUCACGAACGGUGAUGAGAACGGUGCUGCCUUCCAAAUGUUCAGCAUUGGUGAGGAAUCCAACGCCAUGCCGGCCAUGGCAAGUGCUACCAUCAGCUCUGGUGGAAGGAGACCGUAUCAAGCCGCUGUAUAUUUUAUAGCGGAGGGUGUUUCGUCGCAUAUGUUCAAGAAAAUGAGGUAUUUGAAUGUGAAAGACUUGAAAGUGGAGACGCUGGUAAAAGUUUUGGAAAAGAUGAAGAUAUGGAAAUUGAAAACACCGCAAGAGGUACACAUUGACGUAGUUGUAAAGAUUCAGGAUAAAACUGUAUACGCGACACACGUAAAUCAGACACGGUUUAACAGCUGGAACGGUGAUGACAUGGCCAAAUCAAUAAUGGAGUUUCUAAGAUUCGGAAGUCACAUAAACCAACAAAUGGUGUACUACCCUACCCAAAUGGAAAUAAACCUGCCCAGUGAUCUAGGUACACCAGUAAGACUUCAAACAUUAAACAUGGCGUUCACAUCGGUACGCGGUAACCUCACAGCACCUCCUGAUCCAACUCUGGAUCUUGACUGGGAGAAUGAUUUGCAUAUACGGUUUCAAGGCACCCAAGUGACUUCUAUAUCCACAACGGCACCACUCUUGCAAUCAGAACACGCAGCAAGAGUCCAGAGAUCAGUGGUGGCUCACCUGCCAAUCAAGUUCAAUGUCACAUGUCAGUCUUCUACGCGAUCAGUGGCUUUAACUUGGCUGAACCCGUUUGCUCAAAGGGCAGGAAUAGCUAUGCACUCCAGGGUUCAAAUAACAAUGGACUCGAAGUCAGGACGCGACGCUUAUACUGUGACAUCUAAACCUAUAUCUAAUGUAAACGAAAAGGGAAUUUUCUUCGACUGUGAGCAGCAAACAUCAGGUUCUGAAGUCAUUGAGAAGUAUAUUAUGUCGAAAAUCAUCAACUAUGAUACACCCUACUCCCAGAAGACGAUUCUAGAUACGAUUCACCAAUUGACCCCCCUACCCGGAUGUGGUCUGAUCCUCCCCCCCACAAGACAGGAGCAGGGCGGGGAUGAGGUUAUACGAGUGAAAUUCACAUUAGGAAACGUAUCUUUGGAAAGGAUUGACCGGGUUGAAGCCAACUUUGGUGUAGUGUUGAGUUAUUACAGUCUGGAUGAAAAGAAUGUGUUUUUGAAAAUCGACUCAAACACUAAGGUGCGAAGCGCCGGCCGCAACGUGUCUGUGGAAUGGCAUUUGUAUGUGAAACAACCCCACGCGGCUGACCCUAAGAGAACCCAUUGGAAGCUCUGCUACAAAGAGGAUGACGUCAGUCACGCACCAGCAGACGAAGACAUCACCACCACGCCUUCAGCUUUCGAGGGCAGAACCACCAUCACCUACCGUUCAUCGGACAAAUUCAUCAGCUGUUCCACUGAUGACAGCUCCAGCAUAUCCAUACGUUACACGGGAGCCCCGAAGUAUGUUCAGGGGAGUUUGGAAAGGAGAGUGGACUUACAAGUCAUGGGACAAAAGCUUCAAGAUUUCGAUUUGCUGCCGAAGCUAGGUCUUAUGGGAGGCACUCCGGCUGGUCAGUUCCUAGGAAGUCUAGACAAAGACUCCAUUAAUGCAACAGCUGUUAUAAAGGAGAGAAACGGAGUAGCGUCUUUGGUAGUGAACCAGGGGCCAGAAAUGCAAUUCAAAUCGGAUAACAUAGCGACUCUACUAGACAGUUUAACUGCUAUGCAAAUCAUGAAGAAAUUUGGGAUAUAUAGGGAAUGCAGACUUCAAGGUCUCACAGUACAGACUCUGUCUGGGAGCGUAGAACAGUUGCGGCCGAUGCAUUGCGCUGAUAACUUGGUGCUUGCUGACUGCUCUGCCGCACCUAGCUUCGUAAUUCUUCGUCAAAAAGACGGUGGUAUCAAAAUGUAUGAUGCUGAUCACAGUGCAGCUGGCAAUGGGAGCGCCUCCGAGUCCCCCUUGAUUCCCAUCAGCGAUGGUGUCAGGGUGGCAUCGGAAUCCACCGGUGUGCUGAUAUAUAAGAAAUUCAAUGAAACCGUGAUACUAGUGCCCUUCGCGUACAUGGACUCGGUUUGCGGAGAGUGUUUAGGGCAGGAGUAUAGUAAUUGUUGACGAUUUGUAUCCAAUAGCUAAUAUCUUGGAUCGUUAAAGGCAUCUAGAUAUAUAACUAGGAUUACAAGGCUUUAUAUUUAAAUGCCGCAAGGGGCUGUCGUAAAUUACGUCACACAUUAGGGUUUCUAACCCCCGCUCUAUUUGUAACAGGGGUUUCUUACUCCCCCUCUAUAUGUAAUAGACUGGUCGCAUUUUAACAAGCCCCCAUCCCUAAUGUGACGUCACAUAUAUCUAGUUUUAAGAUGGUAUAUAUAUAGUUACAAAAUCCAAGGGAAAGAAGCAGUUUUCAUUGUUACAUCGAAUUCAUUCUUUAAGAAAAAAGAUAUUGCCCGAUUUUAAGGGAUAAAAGAUAACGAGAGGAUUACGGGAAUAAAGGCAUGGAGUGGGUAGGGUGAGGAAAAGUACACGGGCCUCUGUCUCCCCCACUUACCAAACGGAACAGUAGCAUGCUGCUAUUUCACGCCGGACUUCUGUGGGGGCGUGGUACUUCCCCAGUGCGAGCUGGCUCAAUUCGUGCCGAAGCGUGCACAUUGCUAUUGCAUUACUAUCAAACUAUCACACUUAUAUUAAAAUGUAAAAAUUGUUUGGAUGAUUGUCCGUUAAGCACGCUGACUCUACUGUACGGAUUUUGAUGAAAUUUGGUUUACAGACAGGAUAUGAGCUGACUUGGGUGAUAGGAUACUUUUAUCCCGAUUAAAUGCUCCCUUGGGAUUAAGCAGGAACCUUGAUAUCCGGGCGGAGCCGGGACAAGCUAUAAAUGAAUUGAUUGGAUAUUUAUAAAUAUUAUGUGAUAAAGGGGCAAGGGGCUAAAUAUUCACUUUUAAACUUUACAAUUACAUAUUAUUAUAACAUAAAAUACAAUAAAAUAUUAGCUAUAAGAUAAU